AUGCCUUUUGGGAUGACAGCCAGCGAGGAUGUCUGUGCUGACUACGGUGUCCAAAGGAACUCUCUGGUUGUCUUUAAGGAGACAUCUGUGAAGAUUUUUGAUGUCCCUGUUGAAAAUCACAUCCUGCUGUUCACCCCAGUGAACUCGGAGACAUUCAGUGAGAUUUACGAAAACUACCAGUCUGCUGCUGCAGGAUUCAGAGGAAAGAUACUGUUUGUUUUGGUGGACACUAAUGAAGCAAGGAAUGGAAGGAUUUUUGAGUAUUUUGGCAUCAGGGACAUCGAUGUUCCUGCUGUGAGAAUCCUCAACCUCACCAGCGAGGCCAGGUACAAAAUGCCUGCAGAUGAGGUGACUGUGGAGAACCUGAAAGAAUUCUGCCAGAGCUACCUAAAUGGAAAAGCAAAGCAACAUCUCCCUAGUGAAGAAAUUCCACAAGACUGGGACAAGAUGCCUGUCAAAGUGCUUGUUGGGAAGAAUUUCAACAGUAUCAUCUUCAAUAAGACCAUGACUGUAUUUGUUAUGUUUUAUGCCCCUUGGUCCCAUGAGUGCAGAAAACUCCUGCCAGUCUGGGAUAAGCUGGGAGAGCAAUAUGAAAGCCACAAAGACAUAAUGAUUGCAAAGAUUGAUGUCACAGCAAACGACAUCCUGGCCGUGGGGCUGCACCGCUAUCCCUUCUUCACGCUCUUCCCUGCAGGCUCUCACCACCAGGAAGUGGCUUAUACUGGAGAAUAUACAUUGGAGGCAUUUUCUGAAUUCUUAGAAGAACAAAGAAAGACAAAAGCAGAACCAGGAGAGAAGAAUUAA